AUGGAGAAGAACUAUAACUCUAAUACCUGGUCGGAGCUUCCUCUAGAUCUCCUGAACUUAGUUUUUGAACGCCUCAGCUUUGCUAAUUUUCAACGAGCCAAGUCCGUGUGUUCGUCUUGGCACUCUGCUUCGAGACAAUCCGUGCCAAAAAAUCAGGUCCCUUGGUUGAUUCUCUUCCCCAAAGAGAGAAACAACAACAAGAGUUCUUCAUGCACGUUGUUCAAUCCCGAGGAAAAAGAUAAACUUUACAAAACACAAGAUCUUGGUGUGGAAUUUGCAAAGAGUGUUUGUAUUGCAACCUAUGGAAGUUGGCUCCUCAUGCAAGAUUCAAAGUAUAAUCUAUACAUUUUGAAUCCAUUCACCCACGAGAGGAUCGAUCUGCCGGCUGUGGAAUCACAACAAGUUCGCAUGGUAAAGGUUGAACGAACCAUAGAAGAUGAUUUUUUCACUUUCGGCGCCGCUCACAACCACGGUAGGUUAUUCAAAGGUAAUAGGACUGUACGUACCCCUGUGUUUUGGAUUGACGAGGAAACCAAUGAUUACAUAGUUCUGUGGGGGGUUGGAUAUUGGUGUGUGGUUUAUGCCAAGAAAGGAGAUACCUUGUGGAAUCAAAUUCCAAGCGUUAUUUUAGAUUCUCUUGACAUGGUUUACAAGGAUCACAAGCUUUACUCAUUUAGCUACAGAAAUCUUUUCACAAUCUUAGAUUUUUCUGGAGAGAUUCCUCGAAAAACCUUUCAGCGCUUCAUUAAUGUCAAUGUGUAUAGGUUAGAGUCGUUAAGUCCUCGUAGUCGUCAAUUAAGUAAUGCAUGGUGCGUUGCUGAGACAAGACUUGUAGUCACAGUAACCGGGGAUGUCCUCUUGGUUGAAAGAAGGUUAAGACCUAGGUAUAGAAUCCAGUCAUUCAACGUCUACAAGUUUUAUUCAUCAGGGACGUUUCUUGAUAAAUAUGACCGAGCUGAUUCUUUGGGUGACGAUGCAAUACUUUUGGAUCUAGGCAUCACUGUUCUCGCCAAUGAAGUUGAGGGACUCAAAAAAAAUUCUAUAUAUUUCAGUGAUAGUCAUUACACGACCACAAAAGAUCUCUUUCUCUUCAAUUACGAGACACAGGAGGUGGAGCUACAGCACAAAUUUGAUUUUGAUUGUUUGCUACUCGAACUCUCUGCUCGAUGGUUCUUUCCAAGCUUUUCGCAUACAUGA